UUCAAGUGUGAGGUGUUUUAAAAAUCCUCUGCGUUCGAAAUGUGUCCACUUAGAUGUGCCCACUUAGAUCUUUGCCAAGUAUUUCCAGCUCUUGGGAUCUAUCGGUCGCGUGCAUCAAGCUUUCGCGGGGACUUUGUGCAGUAUGCGGGCGGCAUCUAUAAAUGGCUAUGCAAAAGCCCGAUGCUGUUUUAUAUACGGAUAGAACCGUGGUUCAAACCGUGGCUAUCAAAGGAUAAAUUUCCUUAAUAUCUGGAUCAUUUCCAUUGGGAUGAAAUGAAAAUUGGAUUCACAAAUCGUAUGGUUUACCAGUACCCAUGUGCUUUCUCGCCAUUAUUCUGUUUUCCAUUUUGCGCUCCUAAUCAACAUCUACGCAUUUUUCUGAUUG